GCUUAAAUCCCUGACAUUUCGCUUCCGAGCCCUAACGUCCCCACUACAUACCACGGCACUUGGUAUCGCAAUCACUAACGCGCUGAACUCCCGCGCGUCGAGUCGCGCUAUGCGUCGGUGGUGAAUUUGAAUUAGUGUAGUGCAGUGUUCGUGUUCAGUGAUUUAAGAUGAAGUCUCUCAGCGCUACCGCGCUACUCACGCUAGCUGUUAUUGCAGAAUGUCUCGGGGCACAGGACCGUUCCCGGCAGCGCUCCGGUUCCUCCCGGAGCGUUCCCAAAACGGCCAACAUCAAGAGGGAUACUGACUUCGAUUGCCCCGAAGAGUUCGGCUACUACCCGCAUCCCACCGAUUGCACGCUGUAUUAUGUUUGUGUAUUCGGCGGCGCCUUGCUCGAAUCUUGUACUGGUGGCCUUAUGUACAGCCACGAGCUCCAAACUUGUGAUUGGCCGCGUAAUGUGGGCUGCGAUGCCACCGGUGCCGUGGUUGCGGAAGAUUUAGAACGCUUGAAUGAGAGGGAACCUCCAUUAUAUCCACCGAGACGCAAUCCACCGCCGCCGCCGAGAACGCAGCCCAACCCCAUAAUCACUUCCCGAGGACAACCGAAAUUCAAUCGACAAGAAUACGAACAGCAACAGCAAUUGUAUGCUGAAGUGGAUGACUUACCGCCAGUUGAAGAGAUUGAGAAUGAUAGGCAGCAGAGAGUUUAUAGAGGACAACCUUCGACAAUAGGACAAGUUCAAAAGGACAGAGAUGGCUACGGGUCCCAGGCCAUUAGUUCUGGACGAACACUUAAUUCGAACAUCAUUCCUGCUUCGAUUAAUCAAAAUAGUAAAAUUGGUUCAUUUUCAUUUGGUACUCAAGUUGACGAAAGAAGAACGGCUUCUUUAACUCAAGCGCCUCAGACGUAUAGAGGAGGUAAAUAUGAUGACGCUACUGACUCUUCUGACAGACCUAUAUACUUUUCGACUGAUACACUUAAAGUGAACGACAUAAUUACAAACACAAUAUCGAGAAAAAAAAGAGAAAUUAGAGAUCCUAUAGUAAAUGUGUCUAAAACACCGGAUGAACUAUCUAAACGCCAUGAUAAUGAUGAAGUCAUGGAAUAUAUUGAAUUCGACGAACAUUCAACUGAAGACGAGUAUGAUGAAGAAAAUUUAGAUGAAAGUGAGAGAGGAAAACGGCAAAUUAGAUUUUAUGUUAAAAAUGGACAUAAGAUACCGACGAAAAAUUGGCAAAAUGCUAAACCCUUGAAAAUUUUGAAUUUUCAGCAAUUUACAUAUAAUCCAAAUAUACAAAGUCAAAGGUUUCAGCCAAUUUACCAAACCAACAAUUAUGAUGGCAGAAAUAAUGAAAAACCUUACCUUUCAAAUAAUAAUUAUUUUACAUUAGAUAAUGCAUUUCCAACAUAUUCAAAUGACAAUAGUCAAACUGUAAGGCCAUUUAAAGCUAGUAUGCCAGACCCCUCAAAACAAACGUUUUCACAAAAUAAUGCACCUACUCAAAUAAUAACAAAAAGUCCACCAAUAUCUUCUUUAUUAAAUAAUCAAAAUCCGUUCUCUACUUUGGUUGGUGGUUUUUAUAAUAAUAUUCUAAAAGGAAAUGACAAUAGAAAUAACAAUAAUCUUCAUUCACAAUCUGUAUCACCAACUAAACAAGCAAAUCUAGUCUCCUUCCCAGAUUCGUCACUUCUUUCAAGUUCAAUUGUUACUGGUAAACCAAUCCAAGCUACUUCUUCAACGCGAGUUCUCAAUAAUUCACCAAAAACCGUAAUCAAUAAUGAAAAACCAUCUCGUAAACCAAUUCUUAUGAACAACAAUAAACCUAAAGAAAUUCAGGAACAAGAUUAUGAUGAAGAUGAUUCAAUUGAAGAAGAAGAAAACUCUUCUGAAGAAGAAGAUGAAAAUAAUGAAUAUAAUCAAAACUUCCAACCAGAUACAUCUCAUUUACCUUAUGGCUAUACGAAUCCUAGCAAUAAAUAUGCCAACAUACAAAAUCCAUUUGCCAACCCUAAUUUCAAUUUUGAUUCGUUCUUAGCAAAACUUCAAGAAAACCACUAUUCUGUAAUUGGUGUAACAACGAAGAAACCUACAAAAGAAAAAAACCCAGAAAGAGUUAUUAAUAGUAACAACAAUAAUAAUAAUAAUGUAUUUACAACUGUGGCAUACUCUGAUAGUGGACUACGUUCGUCGACCUUAAAGUAUAAAGGAAUAAGCACUCCAAAACCUUUUACAAUGCCAGCGAGUUUAAGUAACGAGGGAUCUGACCAAGGCAAUUUAAAUUUCGUCCAAAAGCAGACACAGCACUCACAUCAAGAAAAAGAUAUUCAAAGGCCUCAAAACUACCAUCAAUCUCAACAGGUUACUCAAGAUCAAAAUUAUAAUAGACAAACACAAAAAGGCGCGGGUUUUCCUUUGGAAUCUUUGAAACCAAGGUUAAAGCCACCUAACUUCAAUGAUGAUCGUCAACUUCCCAUAAGUCACAGUUUUAAUGCCGCGAUAAAAAGUACUAUGCAGCCUACGAGGCAAACAGAUCUAUCUCAGUAUUUACAAUCGGUUACACAAAAACCUUAUACAAUAAUAUCGGGCACUGGAUCGCCUAUAGCAUUUUCCACUCCAAAUAAUUAUAAUAUUGUAACCCUUCAAACCAAUUUGUCGAGUAGAAAACCUUAUAUAACAUCAACUAUCUCGCCAAUGAAUGGGCUAAUAUUAUCAUUUUCCCAGUCAACUCCAAAUCCUCUGUCUAACAUAGCUAAUCAACAUCUUUCUACUUUACAACAGUUCUGGAACAAUCCUUCAACCGAUAUUUCGGUCCCAAAAAUAACGCUUAGUAGACCUAAUCCAGUAACGGAAACUCCUAAUACCGGUUACAAAUCUCUACCAAUACAAAUUUCAACUCAGAUGGUUAAUAAAAAUGUUUUAUCUACGAACACAACGAAUGAGCCGCCCAAACGAAAACCUAUACCAAAACCUUCACCGGAAAUGAAUGAUUAUUAUUACGACGAAGAAGAUGAACAAUACUAUUAUGAACCAGUUGUUAAACCUAAAUAUAUGCCUAGUUCUGAAAUAAAACCCCAGCGACCUCCAAUGGCACAAAAUUAUCAAGAAUACGAAGACACAUCGUAUGAUGAGGAUACAAAUCAACGUUUUAAGCCCGAAAACUCUACAAAACCUAAUAAAUAUUAUCCAUUUAAACAGGAAGCUGUAACUAAGAAUCAUAAUGAUGUAUCCGUUGUUACUAAAACGCCAUACAAACAAUCUUAUAAAAAUGUAAAUGGAAAAAUUCCAGUGCCUGUAAUGAUGGAUUUAGUAAAUUUCUCUGAUUCAAUGUCCGAGCAUCCCGAGGUUUCUGGUUAUCGAGUUGUUCAUAAUAAUCCUCGUAAUAGAACUGUUCAUUUAAGAAAACCCAUUCGAACCGACAAUAGACCAAACACAGUGAGACCUCCUAAAUAUCUGAAUCACACAACUUUGCGUCCAUAUACAUUAAGGCAUAGAUUAGCUAAGCCAACUACCGAAAAAAAUCAAAAUGACCUAGACGAAGAAAAUAAAAAGAAUAGGGGGAGAGUGCGACAUCAUAAUAUAGUAGCACAGAUGCUAUUUACCACACCUCGAGACAGCUACAAACAAGAGACUCGUUUUACAAAGACUAAUCAUGACGAUAGAACUAACAGAUUGGAACCUACAGAAAGUAUUACACCUACUUCGUAUACUGCAACCCCGCGGCCUAAAAUGUUGUACAAUGGUUCUCAAACUUACAGUCCCGAUCAGUAUGAUCCUUAUUACGCUGUUUACGAUGAAGAUGGUGAAUUGUACAAGGACACAGACUAUGUGCAGCACUAUAAUACGGCUUCGCUUCGACCAGCUGUCCAGCAGACGUAUCGUGGCACACCACCGCCAGUUCGCCGACCUGUCGAAACUUACUCGCCAAGACCAGUUUCUCCUGAUGACUAUGAUGACGCUCUUAUUCAAGGACAGAUAAGCAACCAGAAUCAAUACCAGUCCUCCGUUCGACAACCGGCAAGGGGCGAAGGUAACGAAUUGGGCUAUGAUCAUAUUCCAAGCAGCGUGAGGACGACUGUUUAUGAAGCAACUUCCCUACGCACUACUCCUUCUACAACUAGCACAAGCACUACUACUACUACUACUACUACCACUACUACCACAACCACACGACGUCCAACAACUGCACCCUACACCGAAGCUAUGACCCCGACUCGAUAUACUCCAAGAUCAUCAAGCGAUGAAAAUCGUAUUCGCGUUCCCGUUUCCACAUCAACCGAAAAAUCUCUUAACGAGCCCACACCACUAAUUCCUUCUACAAAUUCACCUAUUAUAAACUUCUCAUCCCUCGCUAAACCUUUUGAAAGGACAGACAACUCAUAUAGGUUAGACGAACCAUCGACAGAAAAAUUACCGACUCGUAGACUGACUUCACGUGUGACUAACAGCAAUCGUAGGGAUAAUGUUAAGAUAGAACAAGAUAAUUCAAAUGAAAAGACUAAAAAAAUGUUUUCGCUAUCGACUGGUUUUUCGUUCCGUCGGAAUGUUAAUAAUACUAAAAAUCCUUAUACAUUAACUCUAAUUUCAAAACCUUUCGAUGAGUAUUCAACGUCAAGAACAAAAAAUAAUCGCAUUAAUAACAAUAAAAAACAACAUAUACAAAGAUUUCAUUAUGACACAAGUAAUGAUGGUAACUCUGAAAAACAUAAGAAGAUAAUAGCCACUUAUGAUGAUAGUUCAACAUUACGUCGAAAAGACAUUAGUUCGGAAGCAAACAAUAACGACGACGAUAUUUCUAUUUAUUCGACACCUUCCGUACAAAAAUUUACAUCAAGAACUAGAAUUCGUACAAGUACUACUCCAACUACGGUAGAUACAAAAUAUUACUUAAAAACUAUUUUAAAACGUCCUGUCAGUAAUGACGAUUCUACAGAAAAUUCUAUAAAUACAGAAGCUCUUUUAGAAAGAAAUUCACACAAUGUAACUGACGAUCAUGAUCUUAAUUUAAAUGCUUAUCCCGUCGAGGAAUCAGAUAAUUGGAAACAAAUUGAUUUCAGUGAUAACUAUAAUGAACCUAUUAUAUCACCAUAUAAAACUUUAGAUAAUCUUAGAUAUACUGAACGUGUUCCAUCAGAAAACGUUAGGCAAGAUAUUGAUGCCAUGUCAACUAUAUCCAGUACAACGAAGCGUUAUUUUUCAACUACACCUAAAUUAGAUACUUUCGAACAAUCUAAACCAAAUUUAUCUAGAAAACCCUCUUAUUAUCUUUACCAUGUAGAAGACGAAGUUAUGGCCGAUCAGACUACUGAAGUACUUAAUGGUAAGGUCAAAAGUGUCAUUAAAAGCUUUAUAAGUAACUUUCCAAGUUCAUCUACCUCAAGACAUGUAGAGUAUACGUCUACAACACCCCAAACCGAUGACAAAGUUAUUAAUAUAGAAUCUCAAAGGAUAAAACAUUUUCCUGUCGAACAACCAUUCCGUAGCCACUUACAACAAUUAAAAGUUAUAACAGAAUCAAACAUGAUUCGGUACGUUUCACCUACUGGUGAGACAAUUACUUUUACUGGGCCAAACAGAGACACAAACAACGAUUAUUCCUCAUCAACAAUGCCUACUAUAUAUUCAACAAGCCAAAGGCCUUUAGUUGACAUUGAAACGGAAGCUGGGUUGAUAGAUACGGUUCCGAGCCCUGAUUAUGUAUCGGAAAAAGGUAUUUAUCAAUCUAAAUUCAGUACUUUUGCAAAAGGUAAGUCAGACAUAGAAAAGUCGAGAAAAUAUCAAAGUAUCAUUAACAUUGAGGAAUCACCUAAUGAUAAUAUUAAAAUUAAGAGUCACGAAAACACUGAUAAUAUUGAUGUAACACCAAUAGUUGUAGUGAGCUCUGAAAACGUUAAAGCACAGACUGAAACUGAACAUCCACGACUAGUAAAUGACUAUAUAAGUGACAUUGCUUCAACUACUAGUACUACUAAAUCGACUACUACUUUGAAAGCUGUAACAGAAACAAAACCGACGACUAAAAGCGUAUCCUUUCCAACUCGUGCCUCUCGAAUCAACCCUGCCAUAAAGUUAGCUGCGGCAAAUCUUGGAGGUGGGCGCAGGAGUUACCAAUCGUCGUCCAAUUGUUCAUCAGAUAACAGUCUGCAAGUGAAUCCAAAAUGCAACGAAAUCAAAUAUCAGAGACCAAACACCAGCACACGAGGUCGAGGUUCUGCUCAUUAUUCAACUUCGGGUGCAUCUGAUUCGGCACAACAGACACCUAACAGAGGAACACCCCCAACUCGCAGUCGACCAACUUUGAAACCAUCAACUGCUAUAGUAGCUAAGGUAGCAGAAGUGGAUAUUUACACUAAUCCUCCGAGUCGACCAGCUCCAGUGUAUCCUCAACCUACACCUGAUAAAACAGCAGCUAAAUGCAGAAAAGAUGUCUGUCUCUUGCCUGACUGUUUUUGCGGAGGAAAGGAUAUCCCUGGCGAAUUACCGGUGGAUAAGAUCCCGCAAAUUGUUCUGCUGACGUUUGACGACUCUGUUAAUGACUUGAAUAAGGGACUCUACGCUGACUUAUUUGAGAAAGGUCGCGUUAACCCUAACGGGUGUCCUAUUUCUGCUACAUUUUACGUAUCACACGAAUGGACGGAUUACAGUCAAGUACAAAACUUGUAUUCAGCUGGACAUGAGAUGGCAUCACACACAGUUUCUCAUAGUUUUGGAGAGCAAUUUUCUCAAAAGAAAUGGAAUAGAGAAAUUGGUGGUCAAAGAGAAAUUUUAGCCGCUUACGGUGGUGUAAAGCUUGAAGACGUAAGAGGCAUGAGGGCUCCAUUCUUGUCUGUCGGAGGCAACAAGAUGUUUAAAAUGUUGUACGAUUCAAACUUUACUUAUGAUUCAUCACUUCCCGUGUAUGAGAAUAAACCGCCGAGCUGGCCUUACACUUUGGACUAUAAACUAUUCCACGACUGCAUGAUACCACCAUGCCCGACUAAAUCUUAUCCAGGUGUAUGGGAAGUCCCCAUGGUGAUGUGGCAAGACCUUAAUGGUGGUCGUUGCUCUAUGGGAGAUGCCUGUGCCAACCCUCCAGAUUCGGACGGCGUAUACAAAAUGAUCUUAAAGAAUUUCGACAGGCAUUACACAAGUAACAGGGCUCCGUUUGGUCUAUUUUACCAUGCAGCUUGGUUUACUCAACCGCACCACAAAGAAGGAUUCAUUAAAUUCUUGGACUUUAUAAAUCAAAUGUCAGAUGUAUGGAUCGUCACCAAUUGGCAAGCUUUACAAUGGGUCCGCGAUCCGACUCCAAUAUCGAGAAUGAACAACUUCCAACCUUUCCAGUGCAACUACCAGGAUCGACCUAAAAAAUGUAACAAUCCGAAAGUGUGUAACCUUUGGCACAAAUCCGGAGUAAGGUACAUGAGGACGUGUCAACCGUGUCCAGAAAUAUACCCUUGGACUGGCAAAACUGGAAUAAGAUCAUCACGCAUCGACAAUGACAUCGAAGAAUAAAUAUUCCUACCAAUUAAGUAGUUACAAAACUAAUAAUAUCCAUCCUGAGUAAUGAUCCAUUAGUAUUUGCUUUUUAUUUGUAAGCCAACGAGGCAAGGAUCGCUCUAGUAAAUUAUUGUCAAUAGAAAUUGUUUUGUCACCAACUAGUAAGUGCCAUUUAGAUUAGAUGGUCACAAAGCAAAAAUUGUAAAUUCUACACGAUUUCAUCAUAGUUGAAAUAGAGUUUUGAUUAUUUUAUAAUAAAUUACAUUUCGUUCCGUUUUAGAUAAAGUUGUAAUGUAUUGGAAACUGUGAUAUUAUGUGUUUUCAACCGUUUAGAAAGAAAAAUGCAUCCAACAUUAUUAGUAACUUUAUUUAAUUACUUCGUCGGUGUUACGAUAUUUUGCUUUAUAUAGUGUUCUUGUAAUAAUUUAUAAAUUAGGUCUUUUCAUUUACUUAUAUUGGAAUGGAAUAUACAGUAGGCGUAAGAAUUUUAUAUGAAAUCACAAAGUUACUCAAAUAGCAAUGAGAUUAACUGCGAUAUUGUUAUCAGUUCAACAAUUAUUGAAAUCAUCUUCAUUUAACAUUUUGACAGAUUAUAAUUUUUAAUGUGAGCCAUAUUAAAAUUUAGAAAUACUUCUCCUAUCUUGCCAGCGUUGUGGUUAACACUGCCUUUUUAUACAAUUGUAAAUAUAGUUAGUGCUUUGUGUUAAGUGUUAGGUUAAGACUGUGUGAAUUGUAAGCGCUUCAAAAUAAUGGAAAUUGACAUAAACGUGUGUUUUGUGUUCGGACAAGGCGAAUUUUCGGCGUAUAAAUAAAGCGUCCCGUGAACGUCUGUCUACAUCGCAUUUGUGAUGAAGCACAUGUUAAUGUGAUCGCUAUUUUCAUUUAGAAAGUAUAAAAAUCUUACUAUUAUUGGAACUUUGUGAAAAAAUCGUUUGUUUUUUAGGUUUCAUUUAUUUUAGAUAUUAUUUUUAUCGCAGUGUAUAAUUCAAUGCACAUUAGGUGCUGCUAAAUUAAUAGUAGCGCUUACAGAGUAUAUUUAAAAAAUUGCAAUAUUUAUAAGUCCUAUUAUUGUAAAUAUAGAUAUAGUAUUUAAAAUUGGUAGUUCCAUUCUUAUGCGAAUUGUGUUUGAUAAAUAUUUUGAAUUAUUUUUUAUCGGCUUUUUGAUGUAUGUCGUUUGUGAUGUUUGAUACUGGGACCCGUUCUUUUCUACCAGAUGUACUUUUUGUAUUCAUUCAGGUAAUUUUAUUACUUCGAUAUGUAAUGAACGCAAGAUGUGCAGCUUAAUAAAAUGAUAUGAUUA